GUUAUAAAUUCGUAGAUAUAAACGCGGAAACCCAACUGGGUGUUAUGAAACUGCAAAUGACAUCCGCUAAUGGAAAACGUCAAAGUACAAAUAGCGCUUUUAUACGACCCAUUAGAAGCAAACGCAAGAAUUUAACUAUCAAAACUGAAGCAUACGUCACGAAAUUACUAAUAGACAAGACGAACCGUGCAAUAGGUGUCGAAUACGCCUCAACUUCAAACAACCAGACUAAAUUAAACUCAGUUUUUGUUAAGAAAGAAGUGAUUGUCUCAGCUGGAUCGAUUAAUUCACCAAAAAUUCUUAUGCUCUCUGGAAUUGGACCAAGAAAAGAAUUAAAGAAAUGUGGUAUUAAAAUAAUUCGUGAUUUAUCAGUUGGAAAAAAUCUUCAAGAUCAUGUAUCAUUUUUUGGUCUAACAAUUGCGUUGAAUUCUACUUCCACAGAUAAAAAUAAUUUCAUGAAGGAUGAUGAUAUAUUUUAUUAUAGUAAGACAUACAGGGGACCUUUAUCUGCAAUUGGUACUACUAGUGUCUCUGUUUUCUUACAAACAAUGUUUCAACAUGAGAAUGGCGUGCCUGAUAUCCAAGUUUUCUCCCUUCCAGCUAAUCAAAAAGAUUUUUUAAAUAAUCCAGAUGAAUCAUUUGAUGCAGCUAUUGCACCAUUAUCUUAUUACGAUGCUGUAUUUAUUAAUCCAGUAUUAUUAACUCCUAAAAGCAGAGGAUUUAUAUUGUUAAAUGAUAGUGAUCCUUUGUGGAGUCCACCUUUAAUUUAUCCUGGUUAUUUUACCAAUAGUAGUGAUUUGGACGUAUUGGUAGAAGGACUAGAAAUAGCUUUAAAGCUGUUUGGUACAGAAUCGUUUAAGAAGAAUGAUUUUAGGUUAAUAGAUAAACCUUUGCCUUCUUGUAGACAAUUUGAGUUUGGUGUUAGGGAUUAUUGGAAAUGUGUGAUGAUGGAAUAUACUACGACUUUCUCCCAUCUGGUUGGAACAUGCAAAAUGGGACCAAAAUCGGAUUCUGACGCUGUGGUGGAUGAAAGGUUGAAGGUUUAUGGAAUCAAUAGUUUGAGAGUUGUAGAUGCCUCGAUUAUGCCAAAAAUUGUUAAGGGAAAUACGAACGCGCCUACUAUUAUGAUUGCGGAGAAAGCUAGUGAUAUGAUUAAGGAGGAAUGGUUAUAUAAGGAUGUUUGAUCUACAUGAUGGAAUAGUAAAUUAAAGUAUAUUUAGCUAGUGAAAUUAGUCGAUUAUUUGAAAAUUAUUUGAAAAUUAUUUAUGCGAUAUAAUAUUAAAAUAUAAAAAGAAUAGGUAAUGUAUCAUUGUAAUUUAUAAAUAAACUAUAUACACAAUUUGAUACA